GCGUGCAUCGUGAUCGAGCGGAUGCAGAGUCUUGCAGAGAGAACGCAGGGUCACCUUCUGUCACUGCAAGGGGAAAUACAUACUGAAUUAUUUGCAGCGCAGACUCCUGUGUAGUAGUGAACCUCAGCAGCAGCAGCAGCAGCAGCAGCUUCAUCUCUGGUGAUCUCCUGCAGGGGACCAACAGCUCUGUCUAGGGUUUAUGGUAACCUGACCUCCCGUUUGGCGGAGAAGUGCAUGAGGAACCCAGCUUUGCUACAGAGGACACAUUUCGCCGUUAGAGUGCUUCGCAACAUCCAGGACAAUGUCUGGCUCCUACGAUGAGAGUGCAGGUGUUGACGACACCAUGGACAGUUUCUGGGAGGUGGGGAACUACAAACGUGCUGUCAAGAGAUUUGACGAUGGCCAUCGGCUCUGCAAUGACCUUAUGGGCUGCCUGCAGGAACGUGCCAAGAUAGAAAAAGCCUACGGUGAUCAAUUAACUGCCUGGUCCAAGAGAUGGAGACAGCUCAUUGAGAAAGGGCCACAGUACGGUUCCGUGGAGAGAGCCUGGUUGGCUGUGAUGACCGAGGCAGAGAAGGUGAGUGACAUGCACCAAGACGUGAAGAACAACCUCGUGAACGAGGACGUGGAGAAGGUGAAGAACUGGCAGAAGGAAGCAUAUCACAAGCAAAUGAUCGGCGGCUUCAAGGAGGCCAAGGAGGCGGAGGAGGGCUUCAAGAAGGCUCAGAAGCCGUGGGCCAAAAAGCUCAAGGAGAUGGAGACAGCCAAGAAAGCGUACCACAUGGCCUGCAAAGAGGAGAAACUGGCUGCAGCCCGAGAGGCCAACGGAAAGACUGAGGCAUCUGUCACACCAGACCAGCAGAAGAAACUCCACGAGAAAGUAGAUAAAUGCAAACAGGACAUGCAGAAGGCUAAAGAAAAGUAUGAGAAGUCUCUGGAGGAGCUGAACAAGUGCACCCCACAGUACAUGGAGUGCAUGGAGCAGGUGUUUGACCAGUGCCAACAGCAUGAAGUCAAGAGGCUGACCUUCCUGAAGGAGGCCUUACUGGACAUCAAACGCCACCUUAACCUCAGUGAGAACCAAAGCUAUGCCACAAUAUACAGAGAACUGGAGCGCACGAUCCUGUCUGCAAACACUCAAGAGGACCUGAAGUGGUUCAGCAACAACCACGGCCCUGGCAUGCAUAUGAACUGGCCUGCGUUUGAGGAGUACAACCCAGACCAGGCCAGUGCUCCUCCAAAGAAGAAGAAACCAGACGGAGCCCCACCCACUCCAAGCACUGACCAUGUGGCUCCACCUGGUGAUCGUAGCAGUGUGAGCAGCUAUGAUAAGAAUCAAGCUUACUCCACUGAAUGGUCUGAUGACGAGCAGCCCGCUGCUAACUCUGGUAACGAGAACGGUGGGAACGGGAACUCUUUCGAAGAGGAUUCCAGCUCUGGGAAAGCCGUCCGCGUACGCGCUCUCUAUGACUAUGACGGCCAAGAGCAGGACGAGCUUUCCUUCAAAGCAGGUGAUGAGCUGACCAAGACUGAGGACGAAGACGAGCAAGGCUGGUGUAGAGGGCGUUUGGACACGGGCCAAGAGGGACUGUACCCGGCCAAUUACGUCGAGCCUAUCUAGUCACGUUACUGGACAAGGACAAGCCAUUGGAGGCAGCUUGAACUGUCCCAUCCAAUUGCACCGCACAUAGCCAGAGACUUAAGAGCAACACAUCCCUUGCCCAACAGAUGCGCCAAGCAGUCUUGCCUAAAUAAAAACUUAGUAACCUAAAAGACAAUAUAUCAGUAUUAGAUAUUUUAUCCAACAUUUGAGGUGGGUGGAAUUACACAUUUAAAAAAACAAACAAAAAAAAAACAAGAGCAGCAGUUAUUCCAGUAUAUACACACACGGCUAUAACAUCAAGUGCAGGAACACAUUGCUUCUCUGUGUAUCUGUAUUUAACAUAUAAUGCAGCUUGUUUAAACUUGCAGUAUACUGCAGUCUGUUCUCUUGUGAAGAAUGGGACGAUAAUAUAAUCAAUUAAACCCAUUCGACAAAGAUGAGCUUCUCUAACCUGCAUUGUGUAUAUACAGUGUGACGCCAUUUUGUGUAGCAUUUUUAAUGCUGUGUGUGGUCACUUGUCAUUCUUACUUCAGGAAUGCUGUGUAGUGUUAAAAGUUUCACAGACAGUACCCUCUGUUUCUCUCUUUCUUUCAUUCUUUCUUUCUUUCUUUCCUUGUUUCUUUUCUCCCUUUCUUUUUGUUUUUCUUUGUGAUUUGGUCCAACCUCUUUUCCGGUGUGUGCAGUGUGUUUUUAACUGUUUCUAAUGUUGCAUAGCAGCAUGUGCUAUGCAACAACUUGCAUUCCCUGAAUCCUGCAGCCUUGUGUGGGCUACAACCUGAUGCAACACUUCAACUACAAAAUGCAGAGGUCACUUUUUAGCAUCACAUGCUUCUGGACAUGCACAUGCUUCCGUUUUCAUGUGAGGAAGCUUGUCGAUGAACUGAUUUUAUGUUUGUAUUGUAUUUUUCUUAGCAUCACAAAUCAUUUACCGGUAUCAUCUUCAUGCGCUUCAUGGAAAGGAUACAGUUUCGGCAGAAGCUUUCAUUUUUGCCUCAGUAAAUCAGGUCGCAAUUAAAUCCACUACUGCUAACAAGAAAUGCAAGUGAAAGGUUCCCGCUGAGUGAAGCUGGAUCAAGUCAUCUUUUUUUAAGGGUGCCACCGCAGUAGGAGAGGAGGGUUUUGAACAAUGCCUGUGCUGGGCACUUUUCUUCCAGAGCGAGGGCCAAUGGAGGCGUGUCAAUGUGUUUCUGUACAACAGACUGUUGUCUGAAGAUUGAAGCCUCUUCAACAGGACAUGAAUGUACUAGUGUUUGGGCUUGAAAGGGGUCAUGUUGUCUCAACAUGGUUCUCCACUCCACUGUCAUUUAAGGCCCUAACUUGCAAAAAGCACUAGUUUUGUGGCCCGUUUCCCUGCUGAGCCAAAGAAUGACCCAGUACCAUCAACUAUCUCUCUCUCUCUCUCCAUGCAAUAAACCUCACAUAUCACAUUAGGAAACAGCUUCAGUGAAGAUCAGCUUGUAGCUGCCUCCCAGUCCACCCAAGCUUCGUUUGUCUGCAAAACACUACGCAGUGACACAGGGAAAACAUUUGUCACCAGUACUGCACGGCACGUUUAGAUGACGCUUAUAUACAGUUAGGUUUAGUCUUCAACUUGCUCUACAGACACUAGCAGGAAUUGGCACUUAUCGGAGUUGUCUGUCUGGCCACAUGUUCAAUCUAAAUCUCUGAUUAGACAAGAGCGAUACGCCUUUUAGAAAUUAGCCGUCGUGGAGGAUAAAGUUUUGAAGUGGACCAACGGCAGUCCGAUGUGUUUAGCUCUGUGUCUGGAACAGGAUUGGACAGGUUUGGGUCUCACACAUGAGGAGAAACACAUCACCAGCUCACAAGUUGUGUCUUAGAGUAAAGUUGUCCAGCAUCGCAAAAAGGACUCCGGUCAUCAAACUGUCCCACCUCCUAAAUGCACACACACACACACACAGAUUUAUACACAUUCAUAAAAUCACACAAUGUACACAAACCAUGCAAGAUCAAACACAUACUCCACCUAAUCAGGUUAAUUAUUAGGGGAAACAUCAUCAUCAUCCAGUGUGUAUGAGUUGUGUAAAUGUAACAGAAAAGAAAAAAUAUAUAUAUAUAAAAAAAAAAAAAAAAUGCAAGUGAUGGACUAUUAAGACAAAAGUGUAGUGUUAUACAUGUAAAUGUGUUUCAUUUAAAUAACAGCAAUGGAAAACAUAUUAAGUAAUAGGUACCAUAUCGUAUGAAUUUCAUUGCAAUGGAAUUGUCAGUGUAUUAUAAAAGCGUGACGUUAUCCCACGCUGUCAGAUUUGUAUAUGAUGAUGUAAUUUAAAGAUUAUAUUCUAUUGUAACUGUACAACUGUGUUGAGUUGGAAAAUGAGACCUAACCAUGUUGAGGCAGUAAAAAGAUGUACAUGUAAAUGCUUUUUUAUGUUGAUGAUCUCUUCCUUAUGCACACGGGGGACAGCGGCUCACGUUGUGGAAACCCUAUUAGCGGUCUUACUCUAGAAGAUGUGUGUUCAUAGUUAGUGAUGUACUUUUAUCUCCUAACUGGUGUAGUGCCUGUUCAUCUUGAUGUAACAAAAAAAAAGUUAAUUUAAAAAUAUGCAUAAACAUGAUGAUCACAGAUAAUAUCAGUGAUAGUGAUGACGAAACCUGAAGCCAAUUUGUUGUGAUGGUGUCAAUAUUGCGAUAUUGGUCUGAAAGGGAAAUAAGUUUGUUGAAAAA